GAACAGGAAGUUGUAAGCGGAGCAGAACAACAACACGAGCCCUGCACGAGUUUAUUCAGUGUGUGUUACUGAAAGUAUAGGCUGAUUAUUUGCUGACCUAUUGGUUUAUUUAAGUAUUUUAACUGCAUGAAAUGCUUAAUUUAUCCUAAACUAAGAUCUACCGACUUCAUAAAAGCUCCUCCAGCCUUAUUCUUCAUCCACAAACCGGUUCCGUUCUCUCCCAUCUGACCUGGAUUCACCUGAAGAAAGCAAAGGACCUGUACAGCUCUGGGUUAAAAGACAACUUGAUUUAACCAAAGUGAAAACCUCUGGAACAUCAUAAAGAGGAAGAUGGAUGAUCACAAGCCAUCAAACCAAGCUGAACUGCUUGAAUUUUGCACCAGGAGUAUCCAAAAGCAGUGUAGCAUCGAUGGCUGGUGAGCAUAGAGAGCCAGCUGGGCUGGAUGGACUGCCAGAGCUGUACAGUAUCCUGCGAGGAGAGGUGGCUUCUGUAACAGAUUAUGGAGCUUUUGUAAAGAUUCCAGGAUACAGGAAGCAAGGUUUGGUUCAUAAGAGUGAGAUGUCUGCAACUCGAAUAGAGAAUCCUUCUGAAAUCGUGGACGUUGGUGAGCAAGUUUGGAUUAAAGUCAUUGGCAAAGAGAUUAAUGAUGAAAAGGUCAAACUCUCCUUCUCCAUGAAAGCUGUCAAUCAAGGCUCAGGGCGAGACUUAGACCCCAACAAUGUGAUGGCUGAACAGGAUGCGCGCAGGAGAAAGCGAUUUCUGGAUAAUACAAGCCAGAGAAUAACACUGGAAGCUGUGCUGAACACCACCUGUAAGAAAUGUGGCUGCACAGGUCACUUUGCAAAGGACUGCUUCUCCCAGGCUGGGCUACAGUACAGUUUGGUUCCAGAAGAGGAGGAGGAACCCGCCAGCCAGAGCGUCCAAUCGGCACCUCAGAAACGAAAGAAGGAAAAGAAAGCAAAGAAAGAGAAAAAGAAGAAAGAAAGAAAACGACACAGUUCUUCAUCUUCUGACAGCAGUGAUGACACCAAGAGAGCAAAACACUCCCAUAAGCACUCAGAGAAGAAGAAAAAGCACAAGAAGCAUAAACAUAAGUCUCACUAAUGAAUUUAUAUAAGUAAGUAAAGUUAGUAAAAUUAAUGUAUGCAUGAUAGGCUAAUUUUGUAUGUAUUUUGUCCUUAAUGCAAAUGUAUUAAACCUAAACCUAAAAAAACC